AUGGCCAGCGACACAGAUCCCACGGCCCUGCCAUUGGACCAUAGCAACUCGCCCCAUACAUCCAAAUCACACAGGCUGGGUCUCGCUGACUUGGGUUCCACACCACGAGAUGCAAGCGCCACUGAGAUAGAUCUUGGGGAGUCCAUCCCAGCCGAGCUCACACACGCGCUCAAGUCAACUGGACCUUCUACGACACGCUCUCCGAUUACUACUAGUCAAAUAGAUAAUUCAGCACGUUCCCCGGUACGGACUCAUUCACACAACGCGCCUACGCUCCCCUCUCAUCACGGCGCGACAUCAUUCCACCCUUCGGAGAAGAUCACAUCAUCUAGCCCGACGGAUUCACUUCACUCUCGUCUCUCGGAUCGGAUGGCGCAGAAUCAUCAGAAUCAUGUCGGGUCAAGAGGCUCCACGCAGCAUCUAAAUCCUCACAUAUUUACGCUCACUGUGCCGCCUGAAAAGGCCCUUGCUAUCCGGAGCAUCCUCGAAAAGCUCCAGGAUGAUUUCGACCUCGGUGACAGUGGUCUUACCUGGAAGUACAACAAGCAGCAAUGGGAAUCCAGACAGCCCGAACCUCAAACCCAUUUCACCCCUGACACCAAAACCUCCACCUCCACCCUCGAACAAGAACCCCUCAAAUCCCUCCCCCACACCCUACCCAGCUCCACCAAAAAAUGGUCAUCCCGUCUCUCCAAACUCCAACCCCUCUCCCUCAGCUACGCCAACGUCCGCAUCGACGAAAUUAUAGACCACGCCGUACGCACCUGGUGGCGCGGCCUCGCCAACAACCUCUACCACCUGCCUCCUGGCUUCUACUUUCUCGUCUUCAUGGGCCUGUCGGCUUGGGCGUUUGGCAGCCUGGUUUGCGGUUAUUUCGAGGCACUGGCGAGCUUGCAAGCGAAUGAUGAGUCGGCUGCUUGGCCGGCGUUUUGGAGAGGCGCGUUGGGGGCUAUUCCUGCUUUGACGGGCAUUAUUACGUUUUUGUUUCCGCCUACGUUUUGUGUUCGGUACCGUUGA